AUGUCCACUCCACUGUACAGAAAAGCGCUCAUCAUCGGCGCCACAUCUGGAAUUGGCGAGACUCUUGCUACCAAACUUGUCUCCCAAGGAACCAAAGUCGUGGUUGUCGGUCGACGCCAGGAUCGACUGGACCGUGUCGUUGCUACACUCGGGCCUGACAAAGCCACUGGAGCAAGAUUCGACAUCACGCAGUUGAAGGAGAUCCCGAGCUUCGCAUCAAAGAUCACGGCUGAGCAUCCGGAUAUCGACUGUAUCGUCCUCAACUCCGGCAUCCAACGCGCCUUUGACUUUUCUCGGCCUGAGACGGUCGACCUGGAUGUCUUGGGGCAGGAGUUGACGACCAACUACACCAGUUACGUGCAUCUCACUGUCGCAUUCCUCCCGUUCCUGCAGGCGCAGAAGGGACCUACCCAUCUGGUCUACAUCAGCGCCACACUGGGCAUCGUGCCGGGGAUGUUGAGGACAGGCAACUACAAUGCGUCCAAGGCCGCGCUGCACAACUGGAUUCUUGUACUGCGGGAGCAAUUGAAGGCGCGUCCCGGAAACAAUGUCAAAGUUGUCGAGGUAUUCCCACCGGCGGUGCAGACCGAACUGCAUGAUGAGCGACAUCAGCCAGACCUGAAGGAUGGCGGCAGCCUCGGCAUGCCAUUGCAGCAGUUCAUCGACGAGGCGUAUGAAGGGUUGAUCAGUGGCGAGGAUCAGUUUGGCGUUGGUCAUGCCAAGGCGACAAUCAACGGAUUGGAGAAGGAAAGGGUGAAAGCGUUUCAUGAGAUGAGACAGACAGUGGAUGAUUUCAUUGUCCACUUGGUUCACAGAAACAGAAGUGACCUCAUUGGACUGGCUCAGCGCAUUGAUCACUUCUCCAAACUUCGAGCAGCAGCCAUGACAAUCACGCCUCGCUACCUCACUGGUGAUAAGACGGCGCUCAACGAGUUUAUCGAUAGGUUCGAUGUAUUUUUAUUCGACUGCGAUGGUGUGCUAUGGUCUGGAGAUCAUGUGUUCGAAGGCACAGCUGAGACAUUGGAAUUAUUAAGAAGCAGAGGUACGAGCAAUAUUGGUGCGCGCAAACAGGUUGUCUUCGUGACGAACAACAGCACCAAAUCACGCGCAGACUAUAAAAAGAAGCUUGAUGGGUUGGGGAUUCCAAGCACAGUGGAAGAAAUCUUCUCAUCCUCAUACAGCUCUGCCAUUUAUAUUUCGCGUAUCCUCAAGCUUCCCGAAAACAAGCGCAAGGUGUUCGUCCUUGGAGAGUCUGGGAUCGAACAGGAACUGCGGUCCGAGAAUAUCCCAUUUAUUGGCGGCACAGACCCUGCUUAUCGUCGUGAUCUGAGACAAGAAGACUAUAAACUAAUCGCCGAUGGCGACCCCUCGCUUUUGGACCCUGAAGUGGGCGUUGUCCUGGCCGGCCUGGAUUUCCACAUCAACUAUUUGAAAUUGGCGCUCGCGUACCACUACAUCCGUCGUGGUGCGAUAUUUCUGGCAACGAACAUCGACAGCACGUUACCCAACAUGGGAACGUUCUUCCCCGGCGCCGGAUCGAUUAGUGCUCCUUUGAUCAUGAUGCUCGGAAAGGAGCCCGUCGCCCUGGGGAAGCCGAGCCAAUCGAUGAUGGACGCAAUAGAGGGGAAAUUCCAGUUUGACCGCAGUCGCGCAUGUAUGGUUGGAGACCGCGUCAACACGGAUAUCCGAUUUGGCGUAGAAGGCAAGCUGGGAGGCACCCUGGCGGUCCUCACCGGUGUCAGCACAAAAGACGAUAUCCUGCAUGGUUCUGUGCGGCCGACAGCUUACGUCGAUAAGCUGGGUGACCUGCUCGAGCGUGAAAGCCAGAACCCAGAGUCCCAAAAAUACCUGCCUGUAGAACCGACGACAUAG